AGUAAACACUUUUAGGGCUUCUUGAUGAGAGGAGACAAUGGACAGUGGGUACCCGUCUGUUUACAAAUUCCUGGCAUGGUGGGGGAAGAAUAUGGCUAGAGAAGUUGAUGAAGGUGCUCCUCCAAAGAGAUCAGUUUUGGGCAAAAGGAAAAGUGUUGCUUACUCGCCUAAAAGUAGAGCACAAAGGACUUCUAUUUUGCCGGCCAACAAAAAAAGCAAAACCAAAGCACCCACACCUUCCAAGGUAAGAAUUACUAAGGAAAAAGAGACAAGUAAUGUCAGUGAUAGUGAUGAGAGCUCUUGGGGUGAUUUGGAUCUCAAGGUGAUUGAGCGAAUCAAAAAAUUAAGACCCAUUUGUGGUGGUAAGCACUUGGGUAAGAUGUACUACGAUUUGAGCACUUCAUUCCAAUUGGUAGCUUCCAACAAAGGCCUUGGUCCUAUUCCCAUCCCUAGCGAUGGCAAGGUUUUGUCCAAGUCUGAAGAGGCUAAAAGAGUGGAAGCCUUAGCAGUGAACAUGGAGGAAGCUUUAGUGAACCCUCAAGUCCGCCGAAGAAUUCUGACCAACAAAAUAAGUGUCAUAUGGCACCCCAAGCAUGGUGAAGAAGCCCGAAAUAGCAAGGACUCAUCCACAAGCAACGAUAUUGUAGAGGGGCAAGGAUGUAGGUUUCCAAGCAACAUAGACAUAAACAAAGUUGCCCCUAAAGAAUUUGAGUCAGAUAAAGUUGCUAGCCCUAGCAAGGCAGAGCAUGAUGAUCAGCCAUCUUCAGCUCUAGCUAAGUCAAGUGAGGCCAAUGACUUCGCUGUGAGGCUAUUCGAGACUUUGGAAAGGAUGAAUACGAUAGAGAUGUCACAUCUAUCAAAUCUAGCAAAGGCGUACUUUGGGAAGGCUGAAUUUGGCAUUACUGAAGGUGACAAGGCUAGGAGCUUGGAUGAGUGGAUUAAGGAGCAGGCGAAGAAUAUCGAAGAGAUGGAGAAAUCCCUAACCCAGAUGAAGGAGCUUGCCCUUACGCUGCAAGAUGUAUUAGUGUCAGCCAAGGCAUACCUGGGAUCACUUAACUAAGAAAAUGAACGUUUGAGUUCCAAUGGUGUAACCGAGUUUCGCUAGGCUUGUGUGGAAGCUACAAAGGCUUUUGGAGACUAGCCUAACCCUUUCUUGCCAUGAAUGUCCAUGCCUCCUGACCUUCUUUUCAUCUUUUUAUGUUACUUUCCUUGUGGUGUGUUGUUUAUUGGCGUUAUCACCAUGAUAUAACCCUCAUGUUAUAUUUGUUUCGAGUUAAACAUCUUUAUUUCCAAUGAAGUUUGAACCUUGUU